GCCCAUCCGCUCUGACUCCGCCCCACGAGUUCUGUUUUUAAGUCCUCCUCCGCGACCGGCGCGUCACUGUUGGUGGGGGUCACGUGACAGGGGGUGCUCGUAGUCGGUUAUAUUAUUGAUGUGUUGAAGGGGUGUCCCCGGUGAGCGGUGGAAUCUGCUGCUGCAGCAACAGGAGACAGCGGCUGGGGGGGUACCCGACUGUUAGGCCCGGCCCCCAGCCGCAGAUAACAAGCAACGAGUCAACCAGGAGGCCCCCGAGAAGGAAGAGCGCCCCUCUUUUAUUUGUCUGUCGCCGACUAAACCCCAAAGGAAGCCCCGAGUCAGUGUAUCUAGCGGAGAGGGACACCCCGGGGGGGAGCUGAAGCCAUGUCAUCUCCCAGCCCGGGCAAGAGGCGAAUGGACACGGAUGUUGUCAAACUUAUUGAAAGCAAACAUGAAGUCACAAUCCUAGGAGGACUAAAUGAAUUUAUAGUGAAGUUUUAUGGACCACAAGGAACACCAUAUGAAGGUGGCGUGUGGAAAGUUAGAGUGGACCUUCCUGAUAAAUAUCCUUUCAAAUCUCCUUCUAUAGGAUUUAUGAACAAAAUAUUUCAUCCCAAUAUCGAUGAAGCGUCAGGUACAGUGUGUCUAGAUGUCAUCAACCAAACCUGGACAGCUCUUUAUGAUCUCACCAAUAUAUUUGAGUCUUUUCUGCCCCAGCUGCUGGCCUAUCCAAACCCAAUAGAUCCACUUAAUGGAGAUGCAGCAGCUAUGUAUCUCCAUCGACCAGAGGAGUACAAACAAAAAAUUAAAGAAUACAUCCAGAAAUAUGCAACAGAAGAGGCGCUCAAAGAGCAAGAAGAGCGUACUGGUGACAGCUCGUCUGAAAGCUCAAUGUCUGACUUCUCUGAAGAUGAAGCCCAGGACAUGGAGUUGUAGUAGAAGAAAAUCUGCUUUUCAAAAGUGAAACAAAUACAAAGACUUUUUCCUAACCACGAGAAGCAGACUUUAAUAUUCAUAUUUAAACAAAGCAAUUUUUUUUUAUUACUAAACAAGGUUUUUAUGAAUAGCAUUGAUAUAUCACCCUUUAGGUUUUGAUUUUUUUUUUCUUUAUUUUUAUUUUUUUCCUGAUCAUUUCUGAACCCUAAUGUGCAUAGCGUAUACCCCACAUUCCAUUUUGGUAGCUGUGUGCAUGAGCUCAGCAGUCCAACGUUGUGUGCUACUUGAACUCAAAGGAAAAGCAAAGCGACAAUUAACAACUCUGACUGCUGUGAUCCAUUACAUUUUCAAGUAGUAUUGUCACUCUUAUCAGCGCCCUGCCAAGUGGAUCAUGCCUCGGACUUUGCUGGAAUAUUAUAUUCUUCAAAGCUAAAUGGUGAACUUUGAGGCAUAUUGUACUAAAACAAAAGCCUUUAGAUUACUAUAAAGGAAAAUGUGCAUCUGUGGGUCACCAGAUGGUGUCACCCACCUUAUUUUUUCUUAUUUUUUUUAUUUUAAAUGCCUGCAAAUUUAGUUUGGGAAAAUACAUUCAGAUAGCCCUAAAGAGCAGGACUUCAUAAAUGCCUGUCUCAGGUUUUAAGUACCUUUUUUUUUUUAAGUGGAUGUAUCCCCCUCUCCUAAAGCCAAGACUGGGAUGUGAUUGGUCAAACUGCUGUUAUACUGGUGUGUGCCAUCUUGACGGAGUUCAAUUGGUUGGAUUUAAAAUUGGUGUGGGCUGAACCCAAUAGUGACCUGACCCAUUGCCAUUGUUUCUCUUUUACAGAAAGAGGGUGGUGAAUUGUAUGACUUCAUUUACUUUCAAAUAUAGAGAAGAAUACA